UCGGCGCGGCGCUGCAGGCUCCGGUCCGGGCUGCGUGCGCCAGAGCCUCCCCCAGCGCCGCCGCUCCCCGCCGGGCCGCCGCCGGGCUGCGAGGGCAGAGGCAUGCCCAGGCGGAGCAUCGCGGAGGUGAAGGUGCUGGACGUGCAGAAGCGGCGCAUCCCCAACAAGCACUAUGUGUACAUUAUCAAAGUCACCUGGUCCAAUGGGUCCACAGAAGUCAUCUACCGACGGUAUAGCAAGUUCUUCGACCUACAGAUGCAAAUGCUGGACAAGUUUCCAAUGGAAGGAGGGCAGAAGGAUCCCAAACAAAGGAUCAUCCCCUUUCUGCCAGGGAAGAUCCUCUUCCGCCGGAGUCACAUCCGCGAUGUUGCAGUCAAGCGCCUGAUACCUAUUGAUGAGUACUGCAAGGCUCUGAUCCAGCUGCCUCCCUACAUUUCCCAGUGUGAGGAGGUUCUGCAGUUCUUUGAGACCCGACCUGACGACUUGACUCCCCCCAAAGAGGAGCCCAUUGGAAAGAAGAGAUCUGGAGCUGACUCUGCCUCGGUCGAUCCCUUGGUGCUGGAGCAGUAUGUCGUGGUGGCCAACUACCAGAAGCAGGAGAGCUCCGAAAUCAGCUUAUGCGUGGGCCAGUUGGUGGAUAUCAUUGAGAAGAACGAAUCAGGCUGGUGGUUUGUGAGCACAUCAGAGGAGCAAGGCUGGGUGCCAGCGACCUGCCUGGAGGCUCAGGAUGGUGUCCAGGAUGAGCUCUCAAUGCAGCCUGAUGAAGAGGAGAAGUAUACAGUUAUUUACCCAUAUACUGCCAGAGACCAGGAUGAAAUGAAUCUGGACAAAGGAGCAGUGGUGGUGGUGAUCCAGAAGAACCUGGAGGGCUGGUGGAAAAUCAGGUACCAGGGCCAAGAAGGCUGGGCUCCUGCCUCCUAUCUCAAGAAAGGAAAUGGAGAGAUGUUCUCACAGAAGCUGGGGUCUGGCUCCUCCACUCAUUCCUGUGCCUUGGAUCUGGAUGGCAUCUCCCGGCAGCAGGUUGUCACCAGCCGAGAGAAGGAUGGGCUCACUGGCCAGAGGGAUGGGAGGUUUGACAACCGUCCCUUGCCCAACGCUGACAUCCGCCGCAAGUCACCGAAGAUGAGGCAGAGACCCCCUCCUCGCAGAGAUCUCACUAUACCACGUGGUUUGAACCUGCCUAAACCUCCUGUCCCUCCUCAAGUGGAAGAGGAAUAUUACACCAUUGCUGACUUCCAGACCACCAUCCCUGAUGGCAUCAGCUUCCAGGCAGGAAUGAAAGUAGAGGUUAUCGAGAAGAACCUGAGUGGUUGGUGGUACAUUCAGAUUGAGGAGAAGGAAGGCUGGGCCCCUGCUACGUUUAUUGAUAAAUACAAGAAAACCAGCAAUGCGUCCAGGCCGAAUUUCUUGGCUCCGCUGCCCAGUGAGAUGGCCCAGCUCCGGCUUGGCGAUGCUGCAGCAGAAAGCAGUGCCACAGAGGAAGCAACAGGACCAUGCAGGCCUCUGCCGGAGGCUCCUCCAAAUGGCAUGGACUGUGGUACGAAGUGGGCCAAGGACUGGAAGGGGAAGGAGGCUACUGAGAGCGGGGACCUGGCCUUCACUUGUGGCUAUGAGGAGAUCUCAGACCGAGAUGUGGAGGAGAAGCCCAGCCUGCCACCCAGGAAGGAGUCCAUCAUUAAGUCAGAAGGCGAGUUGCUGGAGAGGCAGAGGCCUCCCCCCAAGCCUCCAGGCAUGAUUUUGCCAAUGAUCCCCCCGAAGCAGUCAGCAGCCCCAAAAGACAGCAAGAAGCCUGAGCUGAAACCUGAGAAGACCAAACUCUUCCAGCUAAAGAAUGAAAUGGGGCUGGAAUGCGGACACAAGGUGUCAGCCAAGGAGGUGAAGAAGCCAAACCUCCGGCCCAUUGUCAAGCCAACCAAGCCAAAAGCUGAGCCUGUGGAGGACAAGCCUGAGCCGAUCACUCAGAACCCCUUCUUGAAGUCAAGACCUCAGAUCAAGCCCAAACCCGCCGCGGCCCCUCGGACUGACCCUCCUCCAGCUGAUGACAAACUGGAUAUCUGUAGCCUGCGGAGCAAGCUGAGACCUGCCAAGUGCCCAGAGAAGCCCCCUGAGCAGGAUAUCACUGCCAGCGAAAGCUCCUGCAGUAACCCUGCAGUUGCCCCAGAGGCUUCUGGAAGGUUUCAGGAGCGACCGAGCAUGGAGAGCAAAGGCCUUCCCAAAUCCCCCCCAGGCCCAGCCGUCGCCCUGGCUGCUCGUGAGCCCGCACCGCAGCGCCCGGUUGUGCCACCCCGCCGGCCUCCACCGCCCAAGAAAAUGACGUCUCCUGUUGCCAGCCCUGCACCUGAAGCCAGGGCGUCCCCACUGCCAGGGAGGCCCAUGCUGGUCCCCCCCAAAGCCAGGCCCUUCCUGUCUGCCGCCAUCCAAGAUGAAGCCAAAGUAAAAAGCAGCGUAGGCCCAAAGGUAAUAUCCAAAGCAGUGGAGAGAGGGGAAGGAAGGGAGAGGACGUCAGCCCCCUUCUCCAACCCAGACGUCUCCAAGGAAGCUCUGUACGUGGCAGUGGCGGAUUUUGAAGGCGACGAGGAGACCAACAGCUUUAGAGAAGGGACUUUGUUUGAAGUGCGUGAGAAGAACAGCAGCGGCUGGUGGUUCUGCAAGGUCCUGACCGGGGGGCCCUGCUGGGAGGGCUGGAUCCCUUCCAACUACCUGCGGAAGAAGCCAUAGCCUGUCCUGUUUACAUGGUUGGAGGUUCCCCAUUCUCCCACCUAUUUAAUUAGCGUCUUAAUUUAUAGUUUUCCAUAAGGCUGGCUUUAAAAAAUAAUAAUAAUUGAAAUCCCAUACAUUCCAGCUGAUGCCCCUCUCCUGCCCUGAGCUCCUGCUCUCUCUUGGCCUGGCAUAGCAGCCCUACAUGUGGGGUACAGUGGCCAGCGCAGUUCUCCAUCCUGGGGAGAGCCGUGGUAGAUGGGUUUUGCCACCUGUACAGGGAAUUCAAGGAGCAGCAACAGCCAGGGAGAGAAAUGCAGCUUGGUUUGGUAUCAGUGAAGGAAAUGUGGCCUCAUGGAUGGAUUUGCUUUUCACUGAGGCUCAGGGUCAUGAUUGAAUGUUGUAUGUCAUAUUGCUUAGUCCAAGUGCGUAGCGGAGUCAUACAAGACGUGGCAAAUGGGGGGGGACCAUUGCUCAGAAUGGUGUGUCCCCAUAGCUCUGCAUGCAUGUGCAGACAUGAAUACACGCUGGAGGCACUCUGGGCUCUGCCUUGCUUUUCCCUGUGCAUGCCAUGGGACAGUCCCAUGGUCCCUCCCCACUCCACGAUGACAAGUGUUAACUUAAACAUCCUCCUGGUGGGAAAAAAAGAAGGAAAAAGAAAAAAAAGAUGUGCAUGCACACAUACAGGUAGCAGGUCCUCUCUGCUGACCCAGGGCAUGAUGCAAACUGUACCUUGCCAUAUUACAACCAAA